GAUUCUGCUCUCCUCACGCCAGCUUGUUCCAAGCAUGAACACAGCUUUUCAAAUCAGAGCCUCAUUUCUGUGUUAUUACAAUAGUUCAGCAGAGUUCGACAUUAUUUCCUCUCUCGUUAACAAACAUCUCAUCUCUUCAGAGUCUUUGUUACAUUUAUUGAAGCUACAGGAGGUGCGUUACUUGCACGCAAAUCCAUCACCAUGACGCAUUCAUGAUCGUAUGCAUUUGAUGAUGAGAAACACAACAGCUCUGCAGCUCUUUGUGUAACGUGAGAAGAGAAAAGGGCAACUCAUUUAGGCAACUUGGUCCCUCUCCCAAAACAUCUCGUCCAAUCACAGCAGCGCUCUCCUGCAUGAGGUAGUGAGCGCCCUGGGGACUCUUUGCCCAGCUGAGAGGUGGUCUCUUUGUAUGACAGAGCUGAACAAGGACUCCUGACUCUGCAGACAACAGACAACAGGCGCUGCUACAGCUGCUGGACUGCAGAGCUUGCGUUCACGGAGGAGUGUGAGGCUGCGACUUGUGAGCACAGAAGCUGCAGAAAAACCAAAGAUUUGAUUUCCCUCUCUGCUUUUCCUUUGACUCAUGUUUUGCUCUUUGUAAACUGUUCUCAGUCCAUUUUUUGGAGCCAGAUGACUCUACCUUUAUCUCGAGGCUCACCCUGAGGUUGCGACUGGCGAGACCACAACACCCCAGAACUUUGCCUGUGAAGAGUCUUGGAUCUGAAAUGGGCAGUAGAUUGAUGUGGCUGUCCCUGGCGCUGUCAGUGGCGUGUGCAGCCGGGCAGGCUCCGGGGACCGGGGCCACAAAUGAGGACAUCCCUGAGGGCGCAUCCACCCUGGCGUUCGUGUUUGAUGUAACCGGCUCCAUGUACGACGACCUCGUGCAGGUCAUCGAAGGCGCGUCAAAGAUCCUGGAGACAUCCCUGAACAGACCCAAGAAAACUUUGUAUAACUUCGCUCUGGUGCCCUUCCACGACCCAGAGAUUGGACCGGUAACAAUCACAACAGACCCCAAGAAGUUCCAGUAUGAGCUGAGAGAGCUCUACGUCCAGGGAGGUGGCGACUGUCCAGAGAUGAGCAUUGGAGCCAUUAAGAUUGCUUUGGAGAUCUCCUUGCCGGGUUCCUUUAUUUACGUCUUCACAGACGCCCGAUCCAAAGACUACAAGCUGACCCAUGAAGUGCUGCAGCUCAUUCAGCAGAAACAGUCGCAGGUUGUGUUUGUGCUGACUGGGGAUUGUGAUGAUCGGAGUCACAUUGGCUACAAGGUUUACGAGGAGAUCGCUUCCACCAGCUCUGGGCAGGUCUUCCAUCUUGACAAGAAGCAGGUCAACGAGGUUCUGAAAUGGGUGGAGGAGGCGGUGCAGUCGUCCAAGGUCCACCUGCUGUCCACUGAUCACUUAACUGGGGUCAGCAACACCUGGCAGAUGCCCUUUGACCCCAGUCUCAAGGAAGUCACUGUGGCGCUCAGUGGCCCGGCGCCCAACAUUGAGAUAAAAAACCCUCAGGGGAAGAUCAUGGGGAAGAGUGAUGGCCUGACUGAGCUCCUGCACAUUCCCAACUCCGCCAAAGUUGUCAACAUCAAGGACCCGCAGCCCGGGAUGUGGUCUAUCAAGACAUCUAGUGAAGGAAGACACUCAGUCCGUAUCUCAGGCCUCAGCACCAUUGACUUCCGAGCCGGGUUUUCCAGAAAGCCCACCCUUGACUUCAAAAAGACCUCCAGCAGGCCGGUUCAAGGUAUUCCCACUUACAUCUUGCUGAACACCACCGGGCUUUCACCUCCUGCUCGAGCGGACAGGUUAGAGCUGCUGUCAACCACGGGAGAAGUGAUUAAAACUUUGCCCAUCCGCUUCUACCCGGACCGCCAGCCGUACGGCCUGUGGAACAUCACUGAGUUCAUCCCUCCAAACGAGGCCUUCUUCCUGCGAGUGACAGGAUAUGACCUGGAUGGUUUUGUGUUCCAGAGAGUCUCCAGUGUUUCCUACUCCAGUAUCAAACCUGUUGCUCCAAAGGUGUUGAUGCCAGCGACAACUCAUGGUUACUACCUCCAGAGAGGGGCUGUCAGAUGCCAGAUUGAGAGCCUGAUCCCCUUCACUCUGCGCUUCAGCAGUGACGGGAGGCGCCUCGGGGUCGACCAACUCUUCAGUGAGUCUGACAAUGCAACAUGGGAAAUACCCGAGGUUACUCUCAAGGAUGAGGGAUACUACGAGUGUAUCGCUAUCAGCAGCGCCGGGACAGGAAGAGCUCGCACCUUCCUGGAUGUAUCAGAGCCGCCUCCAGCCAUCACAGUGGAGGGAAACGUCACUGUGUCUCCCGGCUCCCGUGCCGUCCUCACCUGCCAUGUCGUCAGCACCGUCAGCUUCAACCUCACCUGGCUGAGAGGGGGCCACGACGUCCGUCUGGACCCACAGGUUCAAGUUUUGAGCAACCUCUCGCUGCAGGUGUCCUCUGUGACCCCAGAUCACGCCGGCUGGUACGAGUGCAUUGCUAUAAAUGAAGGAGGAGUGAUGGCAGAGCGGAUUUACCUCACGGUGCAAGAGGUACCCAGGGUUUCAGUCGAGCCCCGGAAUCAAACCUUCACAACAGGAGAUGAAGUGAGGAUCAGAUGUUCGUCCAGCGGCUACCCCCCACCUCGUUUAGUUUGGACCCACAAUGACAUGUUCAUCACGGCGUCCAACAGACACAGGAUGACUCCAGACGGCACGCUGGUGAUCAGAAACAUGGAGAAAAAGGAUGGAGGAGUGUACGGCUGCCUCGCCAGUAACCAGGCUGGAACAGACACCAUGACUUCCAUUCUUUCUUACAAUGAAUCCCCCGUGGUGACAGUGGCUCUGAGUGAUAUUCUCAUAAGCGUUGGUGAAACUACCGUGAUGGCUUGUUCUUCAUCUGGAAUCCCACAACCGGAGAUCCGGUGGUACAAAGGUGAUAUCCGUUUGCAUUCAACACCUUUCUUGGAUGUGGAUUCAUUCGGAGGUACACUGACCAUCAAGAAGACUCAGAAUUUUGAUGCUGGAGAUUACACCUGUGUAGCUGUCAAUGCUGCUGGCACCUCAUCAGGAAAGAUCUCUCUUGAUGUUGGAGCCCCACCUAAGUUCAUCCGAGAGCCAUCAGAUGUGGCCCUGGACAUUGGGUCCACUGUGACUCUGCCCUGCUCCACAGAGGGUCACCCAGAACCCCGGGUCACCUGGAGGAGAGAGGAUGGACUUCCCAUUUUCAACACACGGCGCACGCAGGGCACUGUGAGGCAAAACACAGGAGGUCUACACAUCACCAACCUGUGGGUGGAUGAUGAGGGGGUGUACGUCUGUGAGGCUCAAAACCAGUUUGGUAGGAUCCGGCAAGAGGCCAGAAUCACUGUGACUGGAUUGGUCCCGCCUGUCAUUGCAUUGAGCCCGUCUGUGCUCAGCGUGAUCGAAGACCAGCAGGUGACUUUGCCCUGCGUGCUGUUGGCUGGGAAUCCAUUACCCGAGAGGCAGUGGCUGCACAACUACGGCUUGGUGAUGUCAGACCAGUAUGUGACGGUGAGGAGGGACGGUAGUUUGCAUAUUGAGAGAGUCCGCCUAGAGGAUGCAGGGGACUACACCUGUUUGGCUGAAAGUGCGGUCGGGGCCACCAAUCAUACCACCACUGUCAACGUCUAUGUGGUUCCCACCAUACAGCUUGGCCCUCAGGUGUUUAGCACAAUUGAAGGCACGCCCAUCCCUCUGCCCUGCCACGCCAAUGGAGUACCGACCCCUGACAUCACCUGGGCCAAGGGUGGAGAGCUUCUGUACUUGGGUGGUCCAGCUUUCUCCAUGGAUUCUGAUGGCAGCCUCCUCAUCUCCUCCCCUUCUGGAAACGAGACUGGAGAGUUCAUCUGCACAGCUACCAAUGCUGCCGGCUCUGCCUCCAAGAAGGUCCAACUAACUGUCUAUGUCCGCCCUAGAUCAAACACUGCAAGCUCUGGAGACUCAUCUAACCCCAUGAAAAUGUCAGUCAUUGAGGGUGAGGAUGCUAUAUUGCCCUGUGAGGUUAGCAGUGUCCCUCCUCCCACCGUCAGCUGGGCCAAAGAGAGGCAGCUCAUCUCACCUUUCUCUCCCAGGCACACUCAGCUUCCCUCAGGCUCAAUGAAAAUCUCAGAGACCCGGGUCUCAGACGGCGGACUUUAUGUGUGCGUUGCCUCCAACAUUGCUGGCAACCUUACACAAUACGUUGAGCUGAGUGUUCUUGUGCCCCCCAGUAUCCAAGCUGGCCCCAGAGUAAUGAAGAUACAAGUGGGUCACCCUGUUGAGCUGCCCUGUGUGGUGCUAGGGGUCCCUGAGCCCACCCUCACCUGGACGAAGGAUGGUAGGUCAUACCCGGUUUCACCUGACGGCAGCCUGGCACUAGGCAACAUUGGACUGGAGGAUGAAGGGACCUACACAUGCACGGCCACCAACAUUGCAGGCAGAGACGAGGCUCGAGUUCGGGUUCUGGUACAAGUGCCUCCUGUGGUCGAGAUAUUGGAGCCUCCCUUCAACAGGCCCCUACAGGAGAGAGUUGCAAACCAACGUAUAGCAUUCCCUUGCCCUGCCAAAGGUCUUCCUAAACCAGUGAUUCGUUGGCUGCGUAAUGGCCAGGAGCUGACGGGUAAUGAGCCCGGUGUGUCUAUCCUGGAAGACGGCACUCUGCUGAUUCUGGCCUCUCUGUCACCGUUGGACAACGGAGAGUACGUCUGUGCUGCUGUCAAUGACGCCGGAUCCACUGAGAGGAAGUACCAGCUCAAAGUCAACGUGCCGCCUGAUUUCCGUGACAGUGAAACACCAGGGAACGUGUCGCUGGUCCUGAGCCACUCCGCCAACUUGGUGUGUGAUGUCACCGGAAGUCCAACCCCUGUCAUCACCUGGUACAAGGAUGGGAGUGCUGUGAUUGCUGGUAACAACAUCCAGAUUCUGAAUAUGGGAAAAACUCUGAGACUGUUGAAGGCUGCCAUGACAGACGCAGGAAGCUACAGCUGUAAAGCCAUCAACAUUGCUGGCAGCACAGAGAAAGACUUCAUAGUGGAUGUUCUGGUUCCUCCAUCCAUCGAAGGGUCGAGCUCUUCUCAGGAUGUUUCAGCCAUCGUUAAACAGGAGAUCAGUCUGGAGUGCAAGGUGCAAGGAGUGCCCUUUCCCACAAUCCAGUGGUACAAAGACAGAAAGCUGGUGUUUCUUGGCGAUCCCAACCUAGAGGUGACAAACAGGGGGCAGGUUUUGAGGAUAAAAAGCGCCCGUCUUGGGGACAAAGCCCGUUAUCAGUGUAGUGUCAUGAACACAGCUGGCAAACAGACCAAGGACUUCAACCUCAGCGUCUACGUACCCCCCUCCAUCAAAGGAGGUAACAUCACCUCAGAUGUCACAGCCCUGCUGGAUACAGUAGUGUCACUGGAGUGUGAGGCUCGUGGAGUGCCCAGUCCCACCAUCACCUGGUACAGAAACGGCGAGGCCAUCCUGUCCAACCGGCAGGCUCAGUACGUUGAAAGAGGCCACUACCUGAAGAUCCCCCGGGUGCAGGCGUCUGAUGCUGGACUGUACACCUGCAGGGUGACGAGUGUGGCCGGCAGCGCUGAGAGGAGCUUUGAGCUGGAUGUCUACUUGCCUCCCUCCAUUGCAGGGGGUGAUGAUGGACCAACCGAGAGGAAAGUGGUCCUCAGUAAACCUCUGCUCCUAGAGUGUGACGCAGGAGGUCACCCUCCUCCAUCCCUCACCUGGCUGAAGGAUGGAGUUCCUGUGCGGAACAGUGACAGCGUCCAUGUGCUCGAUCAGGGGAGUAAAAUAGAAAUCAUGUCAGCCACGGUGUCGGACUCCGGGCGGUACGUCUGCGUGGCUACAAGCAUCGCCGGGGAGAAGGAGGUCAAAUAUGACGUCAGGGUUUUAGUUCCUCCUUUCAUCGAUGGAGCUGAUGAUGUGAUCGACAGCACAGUAAUAAUCAACAGCCCUCUGGAGCUGGAGUGUCACGCCACUGGAACACCUGCACCUGUCAUCACGUGGUAUAAGGAUGGAAAACCAGUCCGACAGGGCGAGGGGCUGAGGGUGGGAGCGAGUGGUCGACGGCUGAUCGUGUCCCGGGCUCAGGUCUCUGACACGGCUCGUUUUCAGUGUGUUGCCACGAAUGAAGCCGGGGACCACGAGAGGGACUUCAAUGUGGUCGUCCAAGUGCCUCCAUCCAUCCGCACCACUGGGCCUGCUGAGCGUUCAGUGGUUCUUCACAAGUCCAUCAGUCUGGAGUGCAUCUCCAGUGGCAUCCCUCCUCCUAGUAUCAUAUGGCUUAAAGAUGGCCGACCCGUGGACACAACGCAGGGGCACCUUAAGGUUGAGUCUGCAGGCAGACUUCUAAAGGUCAAAGAGGCAAGAUUAGAGGAUUCUGGGAAAUACACCUGCGUGGCUACAAAUGCAGCUGGUGAAACUCAGCAGCACAUUCGGCUCAGUGUCCAUGAGCCUCCCACCAUCCCUAACUCUGGAGAGAUCAUCAACCAGACCAUCCUGACAGGCUUCCCCACUGAGCUGGAGUGCAAGGCCACAGGCAGCCCGUUACCUGCUAUCACAUGGUACAAAGAUGGCCGACCACUGACAAGUGCAGCUGGAGUGACGAUGCUGAAGCGCGGCCAGGUGCUGGAGAUCGAACGCGCCCAACUGUCGGAUGCUGGCACGUACAGAUGUGUUGCGGUCAACCUGGCUGGAGUAGCUGAGAUAUUCCACAGCCUGCAGGUGUUCGUUCCUCCUGUCAUCUCCAGCCUGGGUGGUACAGUGACAGUCGUGGUGAAUGAAGCUGCCAGGCUGGAGUGUGAGGCCACUGGUGUUCCUCCGCCCAGCCUCACAUGGCUCAAAGACGGCAGCCCUGUGGCAAGUGUGUCACAUGGCAUACAGGUUUUGUCAGGUGGCAGAGUGCUGUCUCUGAACAGUGCUCUUGUUAGUGACACAGGCAGGUACACGUGUGUAGCUGUCAACGCUGGAGGAGAACAGCAAAGAGAGUACGAUCUGAAAGUUUAUGUGCCUCCUAACAUCAAGGGUGAGGAGGUGAAUGCCACAGUCAUGCUUGGCCGGCCGGUGGAGCUACACUGCCAGAGCGACGCAAUCCCUCCACCUACUCUCUCCUGGCGCAAAGAUGGCCGCCCUCUCUUCAGGAAGCCGGGCCUGACCGUAUCAGCUGAUGGGAGUGUGCUCAAGGUGGAUAGCGCCCAGGUGCAGGAUUCAGGAAGGUAUUCCUGUGAAGCUACAAAUGUUGCUGGCAAAACAGAGAAGAAUUACAACCUCAAUGUCUGGGUUUCUCCAAGCAUCCGUGGCUCAGAGGAGGUGUCCCCCCUGACUGUGAUUGAAGGAAGUUUAAUCACUCUAGUGUGCGAGUCCAGUGGUAUACCACCCCCCAGCCUCACCUGGAGGAAGGAUGGCUCUGAGCUUAAGUCAAAUCAGCGUCUCAAGAUUCUGUCAGGAGGUCGACAGCUGCAAGUCUCCAGUGCAGAGAGGACAGAUUCAGGCUCCUACACCUGCACAGCUUCCAGUGCAGCGGGCACCACUUCCAAAGAGUACAGCCUGCAGGUUUAUGUCCGCCCUUCCAUCAGACGCAGUGAGGGCGACACGGACAACAUUGCUGUGACAAAAGGAGGCGAUGUCAGCCUACAUUGUGCCGCUGAGGGCGUGCCUCGACCUGCGAUCACAUGGCUGAAAGAUGGGCGGCCUAUCACAGGGCAGCAUGGUGCCAAAGUGCUGAACGAGGGGAGACUGCUGCAGGUUAAAGACGCCAAGGUGUCAGACACGGGACGCUACACGUGCAUCGCCGUUAAUGUGGCGGGACAAGCUGACAGCAAGCAUGACAUCAGUGUGCAUGUCCCUCCUAGUAUAAUUGGUCAGGUAGCCUUGCCAGAGAAUGUGAGCGUUGUGGUGAAAAAUCCUGUCGCUUUGAGCUGCGAGGCCUCAGGUAUUCCUCUUCCUGCUAUCACCUGGCUCAAGGAUGGUCGGCCAAUCAAAGCUUCCAGCUCAGUGCGAGUGCUCUCAGGGGGGCGGAGCCUGCGUCUGAUGCAUGCUGCCAUAGAGGAUGCUGGGAGGUACACCUGUAUGGUUUCGAAUGUUGCUGGAGAAGAAAAGAAGGACUUUGACCUCGACAUCCUUGUUCCACCAAGCAUUGUGGAUGAGGGUACUGUGAUGGAUACUAAAGUCAAGGAAAAACACAACAUUACCCUCACCUGCGAGACCACAGGUAAUCCUGUACCAGAGGUGAAGUGGCUGAAGGACGGUCAGCUAUUGGUUCCUGACAGACGCCACCAAGUGUUGUCUCACGGCCGUUUCCUCCAAAUCUCUGAGGCUCACGUGGCGGACACCGGCAGAUACAGCUGUCUGGCGUGGAACAGUGCAGGAGAUCGCAGCCGACACUUCAACCUCAACGUCCUGGUGACUCCAACCAUUGCUGGAUCGGGUCCUGAUGGCUCUGCAGGCGAGGUGACGGUAACUCUGAGCAGCCCCACCUCUCUUGUGUGCGAGGUCCAGUCCUACCCUCCUGCUCUCAUCACCUGGCUCAAAGACGGCACUCCGUUUGAGUCCAGUCGCAACGUCCGUGUCCUUCCAGGCGGGAGAACGCUGCAGAUUCUUAAUGCUAAAGAAGAGGAUGCUGGGAGGUAUACCUGUGUGGCCACAAAUGAAGCUGGGGAGACACUGAAGCACUAUGAAGUCAAGGUUUAUGUUCCUCCUCAGAUCAAUAAGAAUGAUAUCCCAGGUGAAGGUCUGGCCCCCAAAGAAGUUAAGAUCAAGAUCAACAGCACUCUGACCCUGGAGUGUGCAGCUCAGGCCUUUCCUACACCUGCACUGCAGUGGUACAAAGACGGACAGAUCCUGCGGGCCGAUGACCACGUGUCCAUAACAGCCAACGGUCGAAUUGUUCAGAUCAAACAUGCGCAGGUGUCAGACACUGGCCGCUACACCUGUGUAGCCACGAAUAUAGCUGGAGAGGAUGAGAAGGACUUUGAUGUAAAUAUACAAGUGCCGCCUAACUUCAACAGGCCAGGUGGAGUUGGCGAUACCUCGACCUCCACAGGCUUUGGAGUGGAUGCCCGUGAUGUGAUACUCAACAAUCCCAUUUCUCUGUACUGUGAGACCAAUGCUGUCCCCCCUCCUACACUCACCUGGUUCAAGGAUGGACAACUGCUGACCUCCAAUGACAAAGUGCUGAUCCUGCCAGGUGGGAGAGUGUUGCAGAUUCCCAGAUCUCAGGCUGAAGACUCCGGCAGGUACACAUGUGUGGCUGUCAAUGAAGCAGGAGAAGACUCAAUUCAGUAUGACGUCAGAGUUUUAUUGCCUCCUAUUAUACGGGGUGCAGACAGCGACUUGCCUGAUGAGGUCACAGUCCUGGUCAACAAAACUAAACAGCUGGAGUGUCAUGUGGAUGGAAGCCCCGCCCCCAAGAUCACCUGGUUUAAGGAUGGCCACGCAGUCAGCUCUGAUGGGCCACAUAAGAUCCUUUCUAAUGGGCGAACACUUCAGGUGUCGACAGCUCAGGUGUCUGACACAGGACGCUAUGUGUGUGUGGCUGACAAUGUUGCAGGAAGUGCAGAAAAAUUCUUUAACCUUAAUGUUCAUGUGCCUCCGACCAUCAUUGGUCUGAACCCUGAGACAGUGACCGUGGUGGUGAACAACUUUGUGUCUCUGUCCUGUGAGGCCAUUGGUUUCCCUCCACCCACACUGAGCUGGCUGAACGAAAGAGGUUCCAUUCAGGCAAACACCAAUGCCCUCAUCAUGCCAGGUGGUCGGACUCUGCAGAUUCUCAAAGCCAAAGUCUCUGAUGGAGGAAAAUACAGCUGUGUGGCCAUGAACCUAGCAGGAGAGGCUUACAAACACAUCCACCUGACUGUUUUCGUCCCUCCAAGUAUCAGGGACAGCAGCGGUGACUCUCCUGUCGUGGUGAAUGUUCUGGCUGGUAAAUCUGUUACUCUGGAGUGUGAGUCCAACGCUGUGCCUCCUCCCACCAUCACCUGGUACAAGAACGGCAGGAUGGUGACAGAGUCAGCCAACCUGCGCAUCCUGGGAGAGGGACAGAUGCUUGAGAUCAGAGGCUCAGAGGUGUCUGAUACUGGACAGUAUGUUUGCAAGGCCACCAAUGUUGCUGGACAAGUGGACAAGAACUUCCACUUGAAUAUCUAUGUUCCUCCCAGUAUCGAUGGCCCUGCAGAGGAGAGGGUUGUUGAAACCAUCAGUAACCCUGUCACCUUUGCCUGUGAUGCUACUGGAAUCCCUCCUCCCAGCCUUGCCUGGUUGAAGAAUGGACAAUCCAUAGAGAACUCAGAGUCCUUGGAGAUGCACAUCUUCUCAGGAGGAAGCAAGCUGCAGAUUGCACGCUCGCAGCUUUCUGACAGCGGCACAUACACGUGUGUAGCCUCCAACGUGGAGGGCAAGGCCCGCAAGAGCUACCACCUUACCGUACAAGUCCCUCCUAGUAUCUCUGGAUCAGAGCUGCCCAGUGAAAUGGGAGUCUUGCUGAAUGAAAGCAUCAAGCUGCUCUGCCGAGUUCAGGGAACCCCGACUCCCACUAUCCAGUGGUUGAAGGACGGAGAAGUCAUCAACAACACAAGGAACAGCGGACUCAGGAUCAGUCCGGAUCGAAGCACACUCACUGUAACUGGAGCGCACACCUCUGAUAGCGGGAAGUACACGUGUGUGGCCACCAACACUGCAGGAGAAGAGGACAGGAUAUUCAAUCUGAAUGUGUAUGUUCCUCCUGUAAUUGACGGCAACAGUGAGACAGCCGAGCAGUUGACCACAGUUCUGGACAGUUCAGUCAACAUCGAGUGCGUGGCUGCAGGCUCUCCUCCGCCCCAGCUGAACUGGCUGAGGAACGGCCUUCCUUUGCCGGUGUCCUCCCACAUACGGCUCCUCUCUGCAGGACAGGUGCUCCGGAUUACACGCACUCAGGUGUCUGACAGCGGCACCUACACCUGCGUGGCAUCAAACCGAGCAGGAGUGGACAACAGACAUUACAACCUGCAGGUGCAUGUCCCUCCUGGUCUGGAUGGAGCAGGGACCAUAGAGGAUGUGACUGUGGUCAGAGGACACUUAGCCUCUCUGCUGUGUAUUGCUGAUGGGACACCAAUGCCCACUGUGUCCUGGCACAAAGAGGGGUUGUCUUUCAAUCCUGACACCCAUCUCAAAUUCCUCAACCUGAACACCACUAUGCAGAUCCUCCAGGCCCAGGUCAAUGAUACAGGGAGAUACACCUGUGUAGCAAACAACACUGCUGGUCAAGCUAGCCGCCAUUUUAACGUGAAAGUACUGGAUCCUCCACGCAUCAAGGGCUCCAGUGUACCAGCAGAAGUGUCAGUGGUGGUGAAUAACGUCCUGGAGCUCCAGUGUGAGGCUUCAGGUAUCCCUGCGCCCUCUUUGACCUGGUUGAAGGAUGGACGUCCGCUCCCACAGACGGACAGCCUGCGUCUCCUCCGUGGAGGGGAGGUACUCCGUGUCUCCUCAGCACAGUUGGAGGACACAGGCAGAUACAGCUGUUUAGCUAAUAGUCCAGCAGGAGAUGAUGACAAGGACUUCCUGGUUCGAGUUCAUGUUCCCCCUAACAUAGCUGGGGAGAGCUCACCUCAGAACGUGUCCGUGCUGCAGAACAGACAAGCGACUCUGGAGUGCAAGUCAGACGCUGUUCCACCUCCAACUCUAACCUGGCUCAAAGAUGGUCAACCUUUAAAGGCUUCUGCCCGUGUGCGUAUCCUGUCAGGGGGGCGCUACCUACAGAUCAACAUGGCUGAGCUCAGCGACAGAGCACAGUACACCUGUGUGGCUCGUAACGUCGCCGGCAAGACAACACGGCAGUUUAACCUGGCAGUCAACGUGGCCCCGACCAUCAAGGAAGGCUCUCAGUCAGUGUCAGUGCACAUCAACAAGGCAGCAGUGCUGGAGUGCAUUGUAAGUGGUGUGCCUCAACCACGGGUAUCCUGGAGGAAACAUGGGGCAGUGUUGGCAGGAAAUAACCCCAGGUACACGUUUGCAGAGGACGGGUCAUUAUACAUCCACUCUGCUCAGGUGACCGACACUGGUCGUUACCUGUGUAUGGCAACAAACGAAGCAGGGACACAACGCAAGAGAGUGGAUCUGCAAGUAUACGUCCCUCCUUCCAUCGCUGAUGGACGCACUAAUGUGACUGUUACAGUCAACGUUCAGACCACCUUGUCCUGCGAGGCCACAGGCAUCCCCAAACCGAGCGUCACCUGGGUGAAAAAUGGUCGAGGCAUCAACACCGACCAGAACCAGAAUAUGUACAGACUGCUAUCAUCAGGCUCUCUGGUGGUGAUAGCACCCACAGUGGAGGACACAGCAGUGUAUGAGUGUGUGGUCUCUAACGAGGCAGGCGAAGACUCAAGAUUCAUCAACCUCACUGUUCAUGUUCCUCCGUCUAUAGCAGACGAGCUCACAGAGCUAGUUGUAACCAGACUGUCCCCGGUGGUCAUUGGCUGUACUGCAUCUGGGGUCCCUGAGCCCACAAUCCACUGGAGCAAAGACGGCAUGAAGCUUCACAAAGAGGGACAGGGUUACAACAUCCUGCCAACAGGUCCAAUUGAAAUCACAUCAGCAGAGCUCAGCCAUGCAGGGCGCUACUCAUGCACGGCCAAGAAUGCUGCAGGCUCCACCCACCGCCACGUGCAGCUCACAGUGCAGGAGCUUCCAGCUAUCCAGUCCCAUCCGCCCACCCUGGAUGUGAUCCUGAAUAACCCCAUCACUCUGCCCUGCAGGGCCACAGGCUCACCUCGUCCCACCAUCACCUGGCAGAAGGAGGGCAUCAACAUACCCACCACAGGUGGAAGUUUCACAGUGCUUCCUAAUGGAAGUUUGCAGAUCUCGAAGGCCUCUGUGUCGGACUCAGGGAUGUACAUAUGUGUGGCUCAAAACCCUGCAGGCACCGCACUGGGCAAGACGAAACUCAGAGUACAAGUUCCUCCAGUGAUCAGCUCAGAAACUCAAACUUACGUGGCCCCCGUGGACUCCUCUGUGACGCUACAGUGCCAAGCAGACGGCUCCCCUUCCCCCUCAGUCUCAUGGCAUAAAGACGGGCAGCCUCUGAGGGAGUCUGUGCGCCAACGGGUGCUAAGUUCAGGAUCCCUGCAGAUCGCGUUCAUCCAGCCGACUGAUACCGGACGAUAUACCUGCACUGCUGCUAAUGUAGCAGGAACUGUGAGCCUAGAGUUGAGCCUCACUGUACAGAUCCCGCCUUCCAUCCGUGACGGAGAGCAGGAGGUAGCAGUGGUGGAGAACAGUCAGGCUCAGCUGGUGUGUGUGGCUGAAGGUUUCCCUCAGCCCAGUCUGUCCUGGGAGAAGGACGGUACUCCUCUCAUUGAAGGCACAGGAGAGUACACCAUCCUGCCCUCUGGAGAGCUGGUGAUAGACAGCGCUCAGCCGGACGAUGCAGGUAGUUAUACCUGUGUGGCCACUAAUGCAGUGGGACAGGACAGUCAGACGGUCACCCUGUCUGUUCACACUCACCCUGUCUUCACCGAGCUGCUCGGAGAUGUAGCCCUGAACAAGGGAGAGCGCCUCCUGCUGGCCUGUGGAGUCAGCGGCAUCCCCCCUCCAAAAAUCACAUGGGCCUUUAACAACAACGUCAUCCCAGUACACUACGACCACGUGAACGGGCACAGUGAGCUGGUGAUUGAGAGAGUGAGCAAAGAUGACUCCGGCACAUACACCUGUGUGGCAGGAAACAACGUAGGAACAAUCAAGUCACUGGGCUUCGUCUAUGUCAAAGAGCCCCCUAUCAUUGAUGGGGACCCCCACUCCAACCGUAUAGAGCCUCUGGGUGGUAACGCCAUCCUGAACUGUGAGGUUCGAGGGGACCCUCUACCCACCAUCAGGUGGAGCAAAAACGGAAUAAACAUCCAGAUCAACAACCGCAUUCGUCAGCUGGACAACGGUUCCCUUGCUAUCUACGGCACUGUGAGUGAAGAUGCAGGCGGCUACAUGUGUGUGGCAACAAAUGACGCCGGGGUUGUAGAAAGGAGUGUCACACUUACACUGCAGCGUGCACCGACCAUCAUAGUGGAGCCGGUGGACACGGUUGUUGAUGCUGGUACCACAGUCAUGCUCAACUGUCAGGCUGAGGGCGAGCCUACACCGAUGAUGGAGUGGUCCCGUCAGGGGCGCUCCCUGUUGGGCAACGACCGCUUCUCCCCCCUGUCCAACGGCUCCCUCAGGAUCAGCAGCGCCCAGAAGGAGGACACGGCUGAAUAUGAAUGUGUCGCGAGAAACCUGCUCGGAUCUGUUCUGGUCAGGGUCACUCUCACUGUGCGAGUUCAUGGGGGCUACUCAGAGUGGGCAGAGUGGGGUCCUUGCAGUGUGUCCUGUGGUGUCGGCUCUCAGAAGAGGCUGAGACAGUGCAACAAUCCUCGACCUGCCAAUGGAGGACGCCACUGUGCAGGAUCAAACACUGAGACUCGUAGUUGUCAAGGAAAGCCAUGUCCAGUUGAAGGUAACUGGUCAGAGUGGACUCUCUGGGAGGAGUGUUCUCGUACCUGCGGUCAGGGGAACAGGACCAGGGUCCGGACCUGCAGUAACCCUCCAGCUCAGCAUGGAGGCCGGCUUUGUGAGGGGAAGGCAGUGGAGGUCAUCAUGUGCAGUGUCAGACCUUGUCCAGUUGCGGGUAACUGGGGGUCUUGGCUGCCCUGGAGUCCAUGCAGUGAAACCUGUGGUAAAGGCAUGAAGUCCAGAAUUCGCCUCUGCAACAACCCUCCUCCAGCUUUUGAUGGGCCUCAGUGCGAGGGAUCAGACACUCAAACACAAAUGUGCAAAGACAGACUCUGUCCUGUGGAUGGAAAGUGGUCAUCUUGGGUGAGCUGGGGAGCCUGCAGCGUGUCAUGUGGAGGCGGGACCAGACAGAGGACACGCCUCUGUGCCAACCCCGCCCCUCAGCAUGGAGGCAGGCAGUGUGAAGGCAACGACGUGCACAUUGACUUCUGCAACAGCGACCCUUGCCCCAUAAACGGUAACUGGGGUCCAUGGAACAGCUGGGGCAGCUGCAGCAAGACAUGUAAUGGCGGUCAGAUGAGACGCUACAGGACCUGUGAGAACCCGAGACCGGCCAAUGGUGGGAGAGCGUGUGCAGGAGCAGAUUCACAGAUUCAGAGAUGCAGCACAGACAACUGUCCGGUCGAUGGGAACUGGGGUUCAUGGCAGCCUUGGGGAGAUUGCUCUGCUUCCUGUGGGGGAGGAGAGAGGUCACGUACCCGUCUCUGUAAUAGUCCCUCUCCCAGCAACAGUGGUCGGACAUGUCCUGGAGACUCCUCUCAGCUGUCCAGGUGUAACCCUCAGGCCUGCCCAGGUGGGCCCCAGAGGGCACGAGGAAGCAUAAUCGGGAGCAUCAAUGAUAUUGAGUUUGGCAUCGCCAUCCUUAAUGCCACCAUCACAGACAGCGAGUCAGGCGGCAGAAUCAUCAAAGCCACUAUUACUAACAUACCCAGAACAUUAGGUCCUGCAAUGAGAAAACUCAUUUCAAUCCUGAACCCGAUCUACUGGACCACCGCACAGGAAGUAGGAGAGGCUGUGAAUGGCUUCACGCUAACAGGAGGCAUCUUCAGGCGAGAGACACAGGUGGAGUUUGCCACAGGUGAGAUCCUGAGGAUGACCCACAUAGCCAGAGGCCUGGACUCAGAUGGAGCGUUGCUGCUGGACAUUGUAGUGAACGGACACAUCCUGCAGCUGCCCUCACAGGCCGACAUCAACAUCAAGGACUAUACCGAGGACUACAUCCAGACCGGCCCGGGUCAGCUGUACGCUCAGUCCACCCGCAUGUUCAGCGUGGACAGGGAGAGUGUGCCUUACUCCUGGAACCACACCAUCUCCUACGACGUGUCCAGAGGCAAGAUGCCAUACCUGGUGGAGAUGCUGCAAGCCACGGCCAUCAGAGCUCACUACCACCCCCUGGAGGAGAUGUUGAAGUUCAGCAUCCAAGCUAGUAUCGCAAAAGGAGAUCGCAGUAACCAGUGUCCUCAGGGAUUCACUUUGGUGUCUGCUGGCCCGUACUGUGCAGAUGAAAACGAGUGUGAGGUCGGUAACCCCUGCUCUCAUGCCUGCCACAACACCAUGGGCACCUACUACUGCUCCUGUCCCAGAGGUCUCACCAUCUCAGCUGACGGCAGGACCUGUCAGGACAUUGACGAGUGUUCGCUGGGUGGAAACGUCUGCCAUGACGGACAGGAGUGUGAGAACACGAUUGGUUCUUACAGAUGUGUGAUGCGCUGUGGGCGGGGCUUCAGGAGGACAACUGAUGGUCUCAGCUGCACAGAUAUCAAUGAGUGCCAGGAGUCCAAUCCAUGCAACCAGCACUGUUUGAACACGAUAGGAAGCUACAGGUGUGCCUGCGAGCCAGGUUUUCAGCUCAGGAACAGACGCUGUAUAGAUAUAAACGAGUGCAGACAGCGGGUUUGUCGAUCAGACCAGCAGUGUAAAAACACACGGGGAGGUUACACAUGCAUUGACCUGUGCCCCAACGGUAUGACUAAAGGUGCCAACGGGACAUGUGUGGACAUCGAUGAGUGCAGAGACGGCACUCAUCAGUGUCGCUACAAUCAGAUCUGUGAGAACACCAGAGGCAGCUACCACUGCACCUGUCCGCGGGGCUACAGGUCUCAGGGAGUGGGACGACCCUGUGUUGACAUAAAUGAGUGUGAGCGGCUCCCUCAGCCCUGCGCCCACCAGUGCGUCAACACACCUGGCAGCUUCAAGUGCACCUGUCCGCCAGGGCGCCACCUGCUGGGGGAUGGCAAGUCCUGCGCUGGUCUGGAGCGUCUGCCCAACUAUGAGAGUUACUCAUACGGCUACAGGACGGCACAGUCCUCUCCUGAUAGCAGCUCCUACCCGCGCCUGUACCACAACCUGGCCUCUCAAAGCUACCACUCCUACGCAGCCAACACAAGGGGGCGCUUCAGGGGGCGGAGCCGCAGAGAGGCUGGCUCACAUAUCUCACCACAGGGUUUCCUCAUUUGUCAGCAGGGGUUUGAGUCCAAGGGUGGCUCCUGCAUAGACAUCAACGAGUGUGAGGUGAGAGACGCCUGUCAGCACGAGUGUGUGAACACACCUGGGAGCCACAGGUGUCUCUGUCCUGCUGGUUACCGCCUCAUGACCAAUGGAAAGACAUGUCAAGACAUUGACGAGUGUCUGGAACAGAACAUCCAGUGUGGAGUGAACCGGAUGUGCUUCAACAUGAGAGGAAGUUACCAGUGCAUAGACACACCCUGUCCUCCAAACUACCAGAGAGAUCCAGCCACAGGGUUCUGCCUGAAGAACUGUCCACCAAACGACCUGGAGUGCGCCUUGAGUCCUUACGCCCUGGAGUACAAGCUUCUGUCUCUUCCCUUCGGCAUCGCAGCAAACCAGGACCUGAUCAGGCUGGUGGCCUACACACAGGACGGAGUGAUGCAUCCCAGAACCACCUUCUUGGUGGUGGAUGAGGACGUCACGCUACCUUUCGCCCUGCGAGAUGAGAACCUGAAAGGAGUGCUUUUCACAACGCAGGCGCUACAAGAGCCCCGGACGUACCGCAUGAAGGUGCGAGCUCUCUCCUACAGCGAAGACGGAGGCAUCGAGUACCAGACCACCUUCAUCGUCUACAUCGCAGUCUCUGCCUACCCCUACUGAGAGCACUUUAAGAGACACGGGACAGAAGGUGCGCUGAUGAAUUGUGUCCACUACAUGCUAAGAAUGAAAGAGUCUGGUCUGGAAAAGCUGCCACAUCAGUAAAGAAACUGAAAAAGACUUUGUGGUGAUUUAGAGGACAGAGAGUGAAAACAGCAGAGAAGACGUAAGGAAACACGUUCAAAGUGUAGAACAAUCCAGGCCGCUGGAGGUCAACUGGAUGCUUGGAUGAAACUGGCUGAUUAUCGGCUCUAAUCCUGGAAUCCUCUGCUCAGUUUGUCAUCCAAAUUUGUGAUAACGCCCCUCAUCAAUGAGAUUUAUUUAUAAGAUCAACCAAAGUUUCCUCCUCCGGCUCAGAAAGCAGGCUUCAACCCUACUCAUGAAACCUUAGCUCGCCUCGUAUUCACAUCUACCUUUUAUUAACUUAUUGGAAAGUGCUUGAACAAGAGGAACAGGUAGUUUCCCACCUUUGUUUAGCCUUUGAGUGGAGACUCUUCAGACGUGGUGCACAUUUUGACGAUAGAAAACUUGACUGUCACACAUUCUACAUCCUCAGGUAGCGGCCUUUAAACCACACGGGUGUGUCUCAUAGAAACUCCAUCCAAUCAUUACACUGAUGACAUCAUCUAUGUGCCAUACUGCUUCAUCCAAUACCAAGAUGUAUUUUAUUUUUAUGACUUGUACAUACGUUUCUUUUCUUAUAAUGUAUUGCUAUACUGUAACAUUUGUAAUCAUUUUGUAAUAAAAAUGUAUGAAAUGAA